GUCGUAUAUUAUGCGUGAACAUGAAUGAUGAAUUUUAUUUGUUUGGAAAAGUAUAUAAAGAGUAUCUCGGCAAUCACUACUAAAACCAAAAACGUUAAAUGAUUCUCAAAAUGAAUUUAUUUAUGCUGCUUCUCGCUUUUUAUGAGAUUGCUGAUGGCGUUGAACGAGAACCGAGAUUCGGAUACGAUCUCGCAAAAGACCUGUACAGCAAUUUCUGCCAGCGAAUCUGUGGUUCUAAAAAUCGACAAUUUUUGCAGUCAGAACUAAUUUGCUCUAUAAAAUGUCCGAAUUUUAAUAUCCAGGGACCCGGAACUGUCAGUACUAAUAAACCGGAAGAAACAACAGCAAAUAAGCCGGAACAAACGACAACAAAGUUGCCACCGAAAGAAGAACUGAAACCGUCUGUUGCUGAUAAAAUUGAUGAAUCAAAGCCAGAAAAAAAAGACAAAAAUAAAGAAGAGUUAAGUUUUGAAGAUUCAUUAGAAUUUCAUCCGACAAGAAAUGGAAACCGCAGAAAAAUAGGAUAACUUUUACUUAAAACUGAUUUAAAAAAUUAGUAUUGUGAUGUUGAUGUUCAUUGAAUUAUGGUUAUUGGUCGGCAGUUAUAUUAAGAGAAAAAAAGUGUUGGAUUCUUUAAAAAUAAAUGGUAAUAUUAAUA